GCGUGACUUGCGUGAGGGUGUUAGGGGGGAGUAAAUGAUUUAAGUGGUACAACUUCUAACGUGCUAUUCGAGUAUUGUGUCACGUAUUGCUACACCAGGCCUCUGUUGUGUAAGCGUCAUUUGCUACAGCUGAUGCCCUGCAGCGGCCCUGCCAUGUCUGCUCGAGUGUUUGGAACAAUGCUGGGACCUCAGGUGGUCAUUCAGCUUAGAAACAGGUCAACAGGGGCUGCGGCAGUGCCACCUUCUGUGUUCAUCAACAAGAACCCUCGCAACCUGGAACGCAUGAGGCUGGCUCGCAAGCAGCAGGGCUGGAAGCUUGAGUCUGAGAGCAGGGAGUACUGGCACAGGCUGCUGUUCGACGCGUCCCACCGACACACGUCGGCACACGUGGAGCACCGGACGGGCCGCAGCGUGGUGUCGGCGUCCACGCGCGAGCUGUGCCUGCGCCGCCACCUGUUCUCGGCAGUAGAUGUGUCCGCGGCCGAGAACGUGGGCCGCGUGCUGGCGCGACGCUGCCUGCAGGCCGGUCUGACUGAAGUGCAUUUCGCUGCCACUGAGGAGGAGCUGCAGCGCUCGGAUCGGUUACGGCUGUUUGUCCGCGCGAUGGAGGAGGGCGGGGUGAAGCUGCAGGAGCCCUCUGCCAUCCAGUCCGAGCCGUGGUGGAGCAAGCAUAGGGAGCAGAAACCCUGGCACGUGUUAGAGGAAGAUGUUAUAGAUGUGCGAUGAGCGGCUAUUUGCACCUAUCAUUGACGUGUGAAGUUGCUAGCAUUGUUUAAUAAACGUUAGAUUGGCACACUUCUCCAAGAAACGUGGCAGAGCUAAUAUGUCGUCGCUUAAAAUCGUGAAAUCUGCUUGAACGAAGUCGGUAAAAGUGAAAAGUUUUCAAGGCCAAGAAAGAGACAUGGCAGAGCCAAUCUUGAAAUCUGCUUGAACGAAGCCAGUAAAAAGUGAGAAUUUUUCAAGGCUAAGAGAGAUUGUGCUCCCACGGCUGCUGCACUAUGUGAUGCUGCUGCAUUUGCCUGCACUUCUUGCCAUGCUGAUCCCGUCGCCAACUCGGAACGAAAUAUCAAUAAUGUUUUGUGUUUUAUAGCCUCGUUUGUGUCGCACAUCGGAGACGCCAGGCGGCACACCGUUUGGUCACAGUUCAAGAGCAAUGUGACGCCUCGAUAGAGCAUGCAAAAAUGAGUUGUCACCGUUCUUUGUCUUGUCAAAAAUGAGUGUGGUUGAUGUUUGCGUUCGAUGAACACUGGUCACGGCUGCUCGGCGUUCACUGACUCGUAUACUGGCCCACUGGUGACUUGGACCGGUCCGACUGACCUGUCGCCUGCCGUUGGUGUACCGCUGUCACAGAGCACGGAAAGGUGUCCACUACGGGAUGGUACGAAACUGUUACCAACACAAGCUUGCAGAAGAGGCGCGGUGCUCUCAAAAUCCUUUGAAAGCGGUGCAGCGCCGAGUCAGUUGGACAAAAGGCAUUGCCGGCGGUUAGUAAAGCCGGUCGUUGCCGACGGCUGUCCAAGUGCUGUUGCCAGUUGUUCUUGAAGUGUAACUGUCAAUACCACUAAAAAGCUAUGCUCAGUGAUGUACAGGUGCGUCAUGCCUAGCAACAAGCAGCAGGUGCUAAGCUACAGA